ACCUUCUCAUUUUCUUUUAAAAAAAAAGAAAUGGAAAGUGGAUGGGUGAAGAAUGCAACAGCUUCAACAUCUCCAGAUAAAGAACAACCUCUCAUUAGAUCAGUAAUUUCUCUGAAAAACAAAAAACGCUUAAGAGAAUUCGAAAUGGUUGAAGACUGUUUCAUCUUAGAUUUUGAUCCUUAUGAAUCAUACCCUCUUAGACACCUACUUGAGAUAGCUUUAAGAGACUUUCCGCAUUCAAGGUACCAGUGCGCUCGAUAUCCAUUCUCAAAGACACCCCAUAAGACCCAUUGUAAGCUGUGUCACUGUUAUGUUUGUGAUAUAGCUGCUCCUUGUGCUGAAUGGUCCGACCACUGCGAUGCAGAUCAUGGACCUUAUAGCGAUUGGUUGUAUCUACGGAGAAAAAAGAGGGGACAAGACUAUGAGUCCGACUCAGACUUGGACUAUGUCGAAUGA